AUGCUGCAUUCAACAAAAUCUGAGUCUGAUGUCACAAGCUUAGCUCCAUCAUCACCAUCAAGGUCCCCAAAGGUACCUGUAUACUAUGUGCAGAGCCCUUCUAGGGACUCUCAUGAUGGAGACAAGUCCUCAUCAAUGCAGGCCACUCCAAUCUACAACAACAGUCCCAUGGAGUCACCCUCACACCCCUCCUUUGGCCGCCACUCAAGGAACUCCUCCGCGAGUCGAUUCUCGGGGAUUUUCAGGUCCUCUUCGGGUAGAAAAGGCGGUAGGAAGCAGAGGAAUGACAAGGGGUGGCCAGAGUGUAAGGUGAUUAUGGAAGAAGGGGCUUAUGAUGAUUUUGAUAAGGGGCUCUCGCGGCGUGUGCAGGUCUGCAUUGCUCUCCUUAGCUUUGUGAUGUUGUUCACUAUCUUCUGCUUGAUUAUAUGGGGUGCAAGCAGGCCUUACAAUGCAACGGUUGUAGUCAAGAGCUUGGAAAUUAGCAACUUCUAUAUUGGUGAGGGUUCAGAUUUCAGUGGGGUUCCAACAAAGAUGUUGACAGUGAAUGGCUCAUUAAGAUUGAGUGUGCACAACUCUGCUUCAAUGUUUGGAAUUCAUGUUAGCUCCGCACCUAUCAUUCUCGCCUACUCAGAGAUUUCUGUGGCAACUGGCCAGUUGAAGAAAUAUUAUCAGCCAAGAAAGAGUCUCCGAACGGUAUCAGUGAACUUGCAAGGAACUAAGGUUCCUCUAUACGGGGCUGGAUCAAGUUUGAAAUACACAAAGACUGGUGGGUUGGUUCCAAUUCCAUUGACCUUAAAGUUAGAAAUCCGGUCUCGAGCGUUUGUGGUAGGGAAGCUAGUGAAAACGAAGCAUCGAAGGCGAAUCUCGUGCCCUUUGGUUCUGGAUCCCACUGUUACCAAACCCAUCAAGUUCAAGAAGAGUUCAUGCACUUAUGAGUGA